AUGCAGAGGCAAAGGCACCCGACCGACAUAAUUGUAACUCCAACAUAUAAUGCACUAUCCGACGAACUGAUAGACGCCGAGCUACCUACAAAUUUUGUGAUACCCAUCUUCAAUGGAUAUAACGGCACCACAGAUCCUUAUGAUCAUCUGCUGUACUAUAGCUUAGCCAUGACGGUUCAUGGUAGGUCAGACGUCAUUCUUUGUCAAGCCUUCGCAGCCUCAUUAAAAGGAGCUGCACUGGUAUGGAUGUCGAACUUGCGGCCACGGUCCAUCCAUAGCUAUGAAGAGUUGACAAGAGCAUUCCUCACACGUUUCCAAGCAAGUAUGAAGCAGCAGCAAACUAUGCAAAGCGUGAUGAACAUGAGGCAGGAAGCGAGAGAGACUAUAAGAGAGUUCUAUGCCCGAUUCACUAAGGUGACACUGGAGGUAAAAAACCUACCGAAAGGUGUGGUGUAUGGCAUGUUGUGGAACGGGGUAAUGCACCAUGAUCUGGUCCAGUCUCUGGCCCUUGACUUACCGAAAACAAUGCCCAAACUGUUGAGACGGUGCAAUCAAUAUGCCAACAUGGAGGAAGUUCUGACCGCCAGAGGAAUAGCUGACAGGGAUGAUCAGUCGGAGAAGGAGAAGAAAAGGACUCUAAGACCUAGGGAUGACUCUAGCGAGCCAAAGAAGAACAGAACAGAUCGGCCGCUUGACACAGUUGAACCUGAGCAAUAUGAACUUGAUCGUUCUUGA